AUGGAUUCAUUAUCUGUUCCUACUUCAACUUCUUCUCAAAAUCCCCUUCUCUCUAACUCUUCCUCCAACCAAGUUUCUGAAGGGCCUGUUUCUGAGAUAGGCUCUAGAUAUCAAGAAUUACCUCAAGACCCUGUGACCACACAAAACUCAACACCAGGCAAUCCAACAGCCUCUCUUACAUCAUCUCAAGCUCAGGCACAGGGAAAGAGAAAGGCAAAAUCGGGUUCUGGUGUCGGAGCAGCAGCUACAGCUAGUAAGAAACGCAAGAGCACGACAACUCCUGUUCCUAAACGAGCUAAAAAAGAUCAAGAAAAACCUAGAAGACAACUUCAUGUGCCAACUCUUGAGCAUUAUGCCUCUGCACCCGAAAUCGAGGAUGAAUUUACGAUUUGGGAGCAACAAUGGCGUUCUACUAUUAAGGAUGGUGAAAACACACAAGCUCAACCACCUCCACUUUUGCCAGAAGGUUUCGACACGGUAGCGUUUUGCGGACCCUCUGGUGAUCAUGAUCCUCAUUUGAUGCAAUACUAUAUGCCAGUUGAUAAAGCAAAAGACCCUUAUCUUGUCAAGUUGUUUAAAACGGCUAUGCGGAAAGCUUAUAAGGCUCCUGAUUUUCCUCUCAACUUUUUAGCACUACGCGACGAAAGACCUGAUCAAAUUAAACAGUCGCAAAAAAAAUGUCAUGCCAGACUGCGGGAACUAACCAAAGAUUUUGAUGAUCGCCUCAUUAAUAUUUUUUUUAAAUUUAUUUACCCCACUUUCCCUGUGGUUGACCAACAAGAAUUUUUAAAAACUUACAAAACUGAUCGUUCCUCCAUAGACAUAGCCCUGCUUUCGGGGAUAUAUGCCAUUAGCAGCAUAUGGUGGAAGUAUGAUAAAUUUGAGCUAUGCCAAAAGCUUAUCCCUGAUGGUCUUUACGACAAGCUUUAUGGCGAAUGUCGAAAUGCUAUUGAACAGAGUCUGCAAUACCCUACUCUAGGCACUAUUCAAGGUCUUCUCUUAUUGACGCAAAAAAAUAUAUCAAACAACAUUAUCCCAGCUACAUUUGCUUCUUGCACUGAUAUUUCAAUUCUAGUAUCUACUUGCCAUCGCCUGGGAUUACACCUAGACUGCACAGAGUGGGUAAUUCCUGCUCAAGAAAAACGUCUGCGAAAACGCUUAUGGGCUGUAACUUAUCUCGUUGAAAAGUGGAAUUCCGCCAACUUGGGAAUUCCUUCCUUACUUUCAGAUUGCAAUACAACAUGGACCAUCUAUUCUGAACCGGACUCUGCUGGCCUACAACUUUUUGUUCAAUUUGUUCGACUAACAAGAAUUUUGGAUCAAGUGGUGAAAGAGUUUUAUUCUGUUAAGGGAUAUGCUGCUCGCUACCAUGAUUACAAAAGUACCAUAUACAAAGUUGAGACUUACAUGAAAAAGUUGCAUGAUUGGCGUAAUCAACUACCAGACCAACUUAAAAAUACAGAUUACUAUGAAGCAGAUGAGCCAUCUAAGAAUGGUGUUUUGCAUCUAGCUGAAGUCACCAUAGCAAUUUUAUUGCUUCGGCUUAAAAUCCAUCCUUUAUGCACUGGAAUCAUUGAUAGGCCAACUGCCGCAAAGUAUCGCCAACAGGCUUGGACUACAAUUCAAAGAGUCAUUACAUAUACAUCAGCUAUUGAUCAUUGGCAUUUACACUCAUUUUGGCAUUCAAUGACUAGCUUAAAUUUCUGCACUCUUGUAUCAUUCUUUUUGCUGUUUAAAGUCACAGCAACUUCUUCAAAGGAGCACAAAGAUGCUACGGAUGCAUAUAAAAAAUGGGAAAACUCGUUAAAACGUCUUGCUGGAAGUUGGGAUGGUGUUAACCUUGCUAUGUUAAAAAUCAACGCUAUAUACUCUUUUGGUAAAAUACCCGAAGAUGACGACUUGGAAUGCGAUUUCCCUAACGGGGGAGAAAAGCUCAUCAAAUACACAAAAAACACUGAUGAGCAAAAUAGGCUCUUGAAAAAUGAAGAAAUGAAAAGAUCUCAAGAACAAGAGCUUGCUGCAAAAAAGCAACAGAUGAAGGCAGCAACAGAGUUAAAUCAGUCUAAAUCACAAUCUAUGCAAAAACAACAACAGCCCAGAUCUGUUCAGAUAGAUUUUCCAAACUAUACAAAUACAAACGACUCACCACCAAUACCUCAACGAAGUUCUAAUAGUGUCAUGGAAAUGCAUUCAGCUGCAAGUGUAAGCCCAACUCCAAUUCUUAGCCCCGAAGCUAGAACGAACAGUUUUUCGAGUUCAGGAAGACCGUCUGGAACAGGGUUUGAUGAUCACAUUUCGUCACUUUUAAAUAACAUGACUUUUCCAAAUGCACAAUCAGCUACUUCAAUUCCUGUCACUGAUUCAAGAAGCCCAUCGGGCAGCCCAUAUGAUAGUAGCACCCAAAUUAUUGGAACCAACAUCAGGUAUAAAAAUCAGAAUAGCCACGAACGCAACUAUAAUAUUCAAGAUCAUAUGAACAGAGGCAUUAGAAGAAGUGAUAGUAAUAGUAGUACUGGGUCAACAAGCAAUAUGAUCCCUAUGCCAAUGAACAUGAAUAUGCGUUUAGGAAUGGGUAUGGAAAUGGAAAUGUCCGUAACAAUGGACAUGAAUAUGAAUGUCAGUACGAAUGGAAAUGGUAGUCGUCAAUUAUUUCAUCACAUGUCUGCGGAAUCAACAUCAGCGAUUGAUUUUAACGAGUUGGAUAUAAAUGACUUGGGUCAAGAGAUCCAUAGUUACAUGGAAAUGGGAUCUAAAAUAAAUAUGGGACCGAUUUCAGGGUCUAAUUAUGAAAACUCAAACCAUAUUAAUUCACAAAAUAAUAUUUCCAUCCAAGAACAGCAAAACCAUCUUAAUUAUAAUGACUCUCAAUACUAUUCUGAAAAUCACGAAGGUCAAGGUCAAAAUCAAAACCAAAAUGCGCUUUCUCAAAAUGGGUUUGAUAUGAACUCUGGAUAUGAUUCAGGGGGGAAUGCUGAUGAGGUAUAUUGGAGUUAA